ACACAGAAGCCAAAGAUCUUAAUUGAUAGUUUAAUAUCUCUCAUUUAAGUAUAUUUAACGUUUUAUUUACCGUUCACCCCGUUGCAUUAUGCAACACUUGCUUAUAGAAUGAAGGAAAUGUUACUUCUUAACAUGUGAUCGAGACUUAAACAUCUGUGAACUUCAUACAGUGGGAACGACCAUGACCGACCAGUCGGUGGAGGACUACUGCACUCCGUUGGCACAAGUGACUAAACCUGAAGCUGGUACCGAGAGCACGUCGACGGACGUCGAGUCAGAAGAGGAAGAUGAAAAACGCGAUAAAUACGAUCUGCAGGCAUGGGCCUCCAGCAUCUCUGCCAUCACCAGCUUGUCGGAGUUCGCUCUCAGCCACAUCUCGGACCACCCCAACAGUGACAGUUUCCAGACGCCGCCUACCUGUCCUUGUGACGAAGAAUGUGACCUGGACUCGUGCGGUUCCAGCUGCUCUUUCAUACCUACACGAGAAUUCGACUCCAACAGGACGAUAAUAACAGUGGAUGGCUUCUCGCCGAUGCACGUCUCUGAAGACACACUGGCAGAGAAAGAGCUUUCCGUGGCUCUGCAGACGGACCCUGUAACUGUGCGUAACAACUGCACGCAGACCCACCGCCGGCGACCUGGUGUUGCGCAGUCGGGCAUGUUCUCGGCGAAGAAGACCUCCUCCGACCGAAGCCCCCCUGGUCGUCGCUCAAGCCAUCACGCAGCACAGUUAUGAAUCCUUACUAUAAUCUCUGUCUGCUAUUAUAAUUAACAACUUGCUCAAUCCCAAUAAAUAUCUAUUUCAAUAAUA